CCAUGCCCGCCGUGAUCCAUCGACGUAGGACGACGACUAGCAGGCGUCGGCAGCAGCAGCAGCUCGUUCGAUCGGCUCGCGCCAUUAUUGCACCCCUGCAGCGUUCGGCGGCACCAUGUCGUCGUCGCCGGAGACGGAGGCCGCGAGCAGCAGCAGCAGCAGCAGCAGCAGCAGGAAGUUCAAGGGCGUGCGGAAGCGCAAGUGGGGCAAGUGGGUGUCGGAGAUCCGGCUGCCCAACAGCCGCGAGCGCAUCUGGCUGGGCUCCUACGACGCCCCCGACAAGGCCGCGCGUGCCUUCGACGCCGCCUUCGUCUGCCUCCGCGGCCGGGGCGCCGCGGGCGCGGACCUCAACUUCCCGGACUCGCCGCCGCCGUGCCGGGCCGGAGGGUGCAGCAGCGACCCGCGGGAGGUGCAGGCGGCCGCGCUCUCCCACGCCAACCGCGCCGCCGUCACGGCCCAGCAGGCGGCCGCGGCGCUCAUCAUGGACGCCGACGCCGACAUCGGUGGCGGCUGCGGCUCGGCGCCGCCGUGGGACUAUUACUACUCCGUGGCGCACGACGCGGGCGGCGGCGUCGUCCUUGGUGGUGGCGCCGCUACCAGCGCGGCCGAGGUGGUGGCGCCCGUGCGCGCCGACGGGAGCAUCGACUGGCGGCCCGUCAUGGCGCACCCGCCGCCGCUCUUCUCCCCUACCGGCUGGGGCAGCAAUGCGUACGACUUCCUGCAGGUGCCGCCACCGGCGGCGGCUGUGGUAGACGAGGACAUGGAUGACGGCAUCCAUGGCGCGAGCGCUUCUCUCUGGAGCUUCGACUCGAGAGACUCCUACUUCAGAUACUAACAAGGAAGCUCUACAUCGUCUACAUGCAGCAUGCUGAUGCUGUACAAGGCUACGCUACAAAGAUGGUGGCUGCCGCCAUGGCGGCGCAUGCAUGCAUCUCGGCAGCUAGCUGCAUGCAUCCUGCAUUGCUACACGGCCGGCAUUAUUAGUUACAUGCAUGCAUGCUCACUACUGAAGUAUAGAUCAUAUCGAGUAUAUAUGAUCAGUGACUUUUUUAACGGAAUUUUGGGGGUAAUGAAGGAUGUGCAUGGUAAGUAGAAAUUCAUCAAGAAAGAGAGCGUAGAGUUUAUGCAAAAAAAAUAAAAAAAUUUGUCUUUGUGUAAUAAUGUAUAGCUCCCGGCCCUUUCCUUAACCUUGUUUUAGGGGCUAGAAAAGGUUGUAAUUUUAUGGCAUUCUCCACACUACUGAUGAGUGAUGAGGUCUUUUACAUGUCCAACUCAUUUGCAUGCUUUCUGUUAAAGCCUAUAGGUUCUCCUAAAAAAAAGGUUAAAGCCUAUAGGCUGCUGGCUAUAUAUAUUUGUAAUCUAAAUAAACGCGGGAAUAUUUGUUUUUCA